UUUUAGAAAACUAGUAAAAAUCAUGGAGCAAGGUGUGCCUGCCACAAGUUCAGAGAUCCCGCCAUUUACAGAAAAUAUCACAAUUCCCGAAGUUGUCAGCGAAACCGUCACGGAGCCAGACGAAGAUUGGCUGUGGCCAUCGGAUCCAGAUGUGGAGCUCGCCACCCAGAUUACCAUGGCAAUUGCGGUGAUUUUCAUUGUGAAGGCUAUUUUCGAUGCGUGGCAAUCCCGACGCCGUCAGAGAGCCGCCAGCCGCAUGGAUGAAAACGCCGAGCGAAACCAAAUAAUUACGCAGAGAAGAAUCAGUGAAGCUCUACACCAAAGCUCCCACGAAUGUCCCAUCUGCCUUGCAAAUGCCAGUUUUCCUGUGCUCACCGAUUGCGGGCACAUUUUCUGCUGUGAAUGUAUCAUUCAGUACUGGCAACAGAGCAAGGCAAUUGUGACGCCGUGCGAUUGCGCAAUGUGCAGAAGCACUUUCUACAUGCUUCUCCCAGUCCACUGGCCAACAAUGGGGACCUCCGAAGAAACUGAUGAUCACAUUCAGGAAAAUAAUAUUCGGAUCGAUGACUAUAACAGGAGGUUUUCGAUUAAUCGACCGGUACUCGACUACAUCCGUGACAUCCCGAUCCUCAUCCCCUACCUCAUCCGCAACUUUUUCAACAAUGACAUCUUCACAUUGGUCUACCAAGUUCGCAUCGGAUUCGUGUUCAUCUGUGUGAUCACCUACUUCUUGCUACCAAGUGAUAUGGUUCCUGAGAGCAUUUACGGAAUUAUUGGGUUCCUCGACGACUGUAUCAUUGGGAUUCUGGUGUUUGGAGCCAUGUUCCGGUGGCUCAGAGAGUAUAUGGCGGAUCGAGGUUUAGCGAGGAAUUAGGAAGCUUUAAAUUAAUUUUUUUCUUGCCGAAAUCAGGUUUUCUUGUACAAAAUCACCCCCCAGCUUUCGUUCCCACUGUGAUUUGACCCAACACAUUUGGUAUUCGAUUUCGGUUUCAAUAAACUUAGCAUAUUCGACAUC